GAACAAUAUAAGGGAAACACAAUUCGCCGGAAGUUGUGCUCACAUGUAAUUUUCACAGAAAUUAUUCAGAACUGAUUUGCAAACAACUCUCUAUAGAAUAUUUUACUGUAGAAUGUCGGCGUCAAUGAUAAGGAGAGGACUGGAACUGCUAAGCAAUGACAUCAAAGACGCCAGUAAGAAGCAGAAGGGCCAGUCUAAGAAGAUUCAGACGCCGGGGAAAGCUAAGGUAAUGGAUCUGGUUGGCACCAACAGACAAGGCGUCAGUAAGCAGGUUCGGCGGCUGCAGGGUCGUCUAGGGACGGGGAAGGCCAAGACCACUGUCAAAGACAAGAGGAUCAAAUCUGCCGUGGAGGAAUUUAAGAAGAAACAGCCAAAGAGUCAGCUUAGCAAGAACCUCAGCCUCUUCCUGGGAACUGGCUACAAAACGACGGAAUCAGACACCAAGAAGAUCUUCAACCAACACUCUGGACGUCAGUCUCGGUAUCGUCCUGACCCUCAUGUCAAAAAGGCUCCAGAACCGGAAUCUGCCUUCACAGAAGAGGAGUUCCAACAGUUCCAGAAAGAAUACUUUGGCAGAACUGUGGAGGAUUCCAACUAGAUCCCUAAUGGAUUUUUCCAUUGUGUUGUGUUCUGAUCAGUUCAUCUGUUCUAUUCUGAACUGAAUUCCAAAGACACUCUGGGCUGUGCACUAUGGAACAAUUCUGCUGAAAGAAGAGACAACUUUUUUCAACACGGCUUAAUAUUUAGCUUGUUCUUUUUGAAAGACUGACUAGUUCAUCCUCCGUCUCCGAGGAGGAUGAACACAAGAAGGGCUACGAUGCUUGCAUGUUGCCUGUUUGUUUUGAAAUCGACUUUUCAUUCAUUUUGACAUGGCUAUUAGAAAUUGUAAUAAGAAUUAAACAUAUUUUGCAAUGA